AUGGCCAUGAAUGAUGCUGUGAUUCAGAUCCAAGCGACAUCCUUAAGGAACCCAGAGAUUCAAUUGGGGCAGCUAGUUAAUGAGCUAAGGAAUAGACCACAAGGCACCUGGCCUAGUGAUAUUGAAAAUCCAAGAAGAGAUGGUAAAGAGCAAUGCAAGGAAAUUACUUUGAGGAAUGGUAACAAUCUGAAGUUGAAUGAGGAUAAUCCUAAGAGAAACAGCGAGUCCAAUUCAAUCCAAAGUAGUGUGGAAAAGGAAGAUAAAGUUGUGAGUUCAAAAAUAUUAAAUGUUGAUCCUGAAGCAAUUGCUGCAGCAAUUUCUCAGCAAAAUGCAAUAGAGAAGCCUAUGAGCAAGCCACCUCCAUCAUUUCCUCAAUCUUUGGAACAACUGCUUAAUUAUGUGAAGUUCUUGAAGGAUAUUUUGACAAAGAAGAGGAGGCUUGGUGAAUUUGAAAUGGUUGCUUCGAUUGAAGGUUGUAGUGCUAUAUUGAAGAAUAAAAUUCCUCCAAAGUUGAAGGAUCCAGGCAGUUUCACAAUUCCAAUUUCUAUUGGGGGACGAGAAGUUGAGGGAAAGAUUGAAGACGUCCUAGUACAAGUUGCCAAGUUCAAUUUUCAGGCAGAUUUCAUUAUUCUUGACUAUGAGGAAGAUAGGGAUGUACCGAUCAUUUUGGGGAGACCAUUUCUUGCCAUCGGGAGGACAUUGAUAGAUGUUGAAAAAAAAGAACUAAGCAUUUGA